GUAAUAAAAUAUCAUUUAAGAGGGAUAAUAAUCAUGAAACUCUUAGAAAAAAUGAUAUAUGUAGAGUUUUUGAUGAUAAUAAUGGUGAUAUGGGUCGUGCCCAUGAGUUACGGUCAUGGAGCGAUGAUUGGUAAUGCAGUCGAAGCACCUGAUGUAGCGGAAGCACCAGGGAUUAAUGACCCAAGCAAGGCACUCGACACUAAUUGGUAUGACGCACGAGCCACGUUCUACGGUGACAUCCAUGGUGGCGACACUCAACAGGGAGCUUGUGGAUACGGUAAUCUAUUCAGACAAGGCUAUGGUCUAGCCACCGCAGCGUUAAGUACGGCACUCUUCAACGACGGGUACACAUGUGGGGCUUGUUAUGAAAUCAUGUGCACGCGUGAUCCACAAUGGUGUUUACCCGGAUCCGUCAAGAUCACAGCAACAAACUUCUGUCCCGCAAAUUACAGCAAAACCACAGACCUUUGGUGCAACCCACCACAGAAACACUUUGAUCUCUCCUUAGCAAUGUUUCUCAAGAUUGCCAAGUACAAAGCCGGGGUUGUCCCAGUUAGAUACAGACGUAUUCCUUGUAGCAAAACUGGUGGUGUCAAGUUUGAAACCAAAGGAAACCCUUAUUUCUUAAUGGUCUUGAUAUACAACGUAGGAGGAGCUGGAGAUAUUAAGUACGUGCAAGUUAAAGGAAACAAGACCGGGUGGAUAACAAUGAAAAAGAACUGGGGGCAGAAUUGGACCACUAUUACAGUAUUGACCGGCCAAGGUUUAUCGUUCAGGGUUACAACGAGUGAUGGGAUUACAAAAGAUUUUUGGAAUGUGAUGCCAAAAAAUUGGGGGUUUGGACAGACUUUUGAUGGUAGGAUUAACUUUUAGGAGAAUGAUUUGAGUUUUAUUAUAUGUGUCUUACACAUAAGUUAUGUAAUACGUACUUGCAAUAAUUAAAAAUAAAGAAGA